CGCGUGUGUAACGUAGGAAAAAAAAAGCCGUGUGUAAAAUCGUCUACCGGUCGGCCGCAGCGUCAGUGCGCGUCCGUCGGUCGUGUACGGUUCGACAGCUGUUCGGCUACGCGCGUCUUGUGUCGUGUGCGCUCGGCCGAUUUCGUCGCGACGUUUUUCGACGUGUGCGUUUCCGCGAUAGAAUUUUAUAUCAAUUAAUAUUAUUUUUGUUUAAUACGAUCGUCAUUGUUGUGAUUUUUAUUUAUUUUUUUUUUUUUUACAUAUAAUAAUAUUUCAGUUUAAAACCGCCCCCGCCGGAGUGCGUCGUCUAUACAGUGUCACGUACACAAGUGGUAAAGUGUUUCGCGUGUCCGUCAGUCGUCUUCGGCUGUCCGUCUAUCGUCGUUUGGACGCACCAUGUACGGCUAAGGCGCAAAUGGCCGCCGGGUGGCCGACCUUAGCCGUCGUUUUUCUGCUGGCCUGCCUCCUGUUGCCGACCGGCGGCGACGGCGUUCGACCGCGGGACGACGACGGUCAGCAGCAGCAGCAACCCUCGUGGUGCCAGAAAGAAGAAUGCAAGUGCGAGUCGGACGACGAGAACCGCGUCACCGUCAAAUGCACGUUUUCCGGCGAAAAGUAUGAAAUAUGGGAACCGGACAAGAACUUGAACAAAUCGUUGGUGGUACUGGACUUAAACGGUGAUGGCCGAUCUAAUCUGACCGUCAGCCACAAGACGUUGGCGGGAUUCGUUGGUCUUCGGUCGUUCAACGUGACCGGGUUCGACCAUGUAACGAUCCGGUCACAAGGCGUACUGAAGAACGUUCGCACAAAUUUCAUGGUGACCAUCAGCCGCGUGCAUCAGCUGUACCUGGACACGAAUGCGUUUCAUCCCAACGACGGCACGGUGGACGUGCUGGUGGAGGACUGCGAUGUGGUCCGGCUGGGCAGCGAGGUCGUGUUCAAGCUCCAAUCGUUUGCAUUCCGUCGGAUCGGCGCGCUGCACUUGUCCAAAAAUACGUUCAAGAACGCGGGAAUGGGUUCGCCAAUUAAACAGAUGAUAUUGGAAGAUCUGACCGCAGACAAAUUACCAUCGUACGCGUUUUAUACGUCUAUCGAUUUACUGUCUAUCACCAAUUGUAAGUUUGGUACAAUCGAGCGGAAAGCGUUUCCGAUCAAUGAUAUUGGCAACGCGACGCUGACCAACGUCACUGUGAACCUGAUGGAGAGCGAAGCGUUCCAAAACUCUGCGCUCAUCAACAACCUCCGAAUGACAAGAUGCAACAUCCACGAAUUGCAAAGCGACGCUAUCAUGUCCGUCGUGCAGAAUAUAAUUAUCGAACAGUCCGAGUUCGAAUUGGUGCGGACCUCGGCCGUGGCAGUGGCAACUAAGCUGACGUUGUGCAACAACACUUUCAGACGGGUGGACGGUCGCGGAUUCGUGCUGCACAACCUGCACACGGUGCUGGUGCAAGGCAACACGUUCAACCACACCGAGGCCGAGGCGUUUUACGAGUCGACGGCGUCCAGCCCGGAAACGAGGUGGAGCACGAGGUCGGUGUUGCGCGUCAGCGACAACAGUUUCCUGCGACCCGUGACCGACGGCAAGUGGUUGCCCGCGAUCCGACUGCAGAGGGCCGCGACCGAGAUGAACGUCACCGGAAACACGUUCAGCGGGUCGUCCGGCUGUGCCCCGUGGCGGUUUGUCGCCGUGACCACGGCCGAUAACGGUGUCGCAACGGCCGACGACGACGGCGACGCCGACUUCGCCGACCGGAACUACUUCCGGGCGAACAAGGCGGAAGCGGAUUGCGCAAACCUGACGGGCUGGGAGCUCGACCGACUGCUGAUCGCGGAGUUCGCGGUAGCGGCCGGCUGCGACCGGGACGACGGCGUGGCGUUCGACCUGUGCGUCCGGGACCGGGCGGCCGCGGCCCAGGUCGGCGGCAGAUUCUCGUCGCUGGGCGACGUCCUGUCGCCGACCGCGGAGCGCGGCGUCAUCACCACGGUGGUGCUGUUGGUGCUGUGCGGUUUCGGCGCGGUGUGCGCGGUGAGCGCGGUCACCUGGCUGAACGCGCGCGGUUACUUCAUCAAGCUCCGGUCGCUGCUCACCCCGAACGGCGGGGUCGGGGGCGGCGGCGGCGGUGGCGGAGGCACGGCGUGCAGGACCAUGUCGGCGCACUCUCUGUCCAGGGUGUCCGUGCACGAGUACGCGGAACUGCAGCGACUCAAGUUGGGCGGCGGAAUCGGAGUACGGGGCAGCGACGUGGGAGCCGUCCGGGUGAUCGUGUACCAGGACAAGGGGACGCAGACGGUACCGGAAGAGCUGACGCACGAGAUGUUGCAGAACCUGCGCGACAAGCUGGACGAUCCGGACGACUAUGCCGAGGCGCGGGGCAUAAUCGAACACCUGUACGACCUGAUCCGGGUGGAGGAGACGUGCUGCGGCGGCGGCAGCGACGGCGGCAGCGGUUGGUAUUCGACGGGCGGAAGGGGGUUGGACGACGCGACGUCCACCGUCAUGACCAAGUCGGUGAUCGCGGACGACGGACGGCCAAGGGACGUCAAGUCGGUGGGAACGGGCGCCCCGUCGCUGGACAGGCUCAGGUUGCCCAGGAUCAAGAUGAUCGGGUCGGCGGGGUCGUCCGUCCAGGGACGUCAACAGGCUCGCAGGCCGCAGCCACCGCCGUCUCCGUCCCCGUCGGUCAACAGCGACUACGUGGACCCGGUCGAUCUGUUGUACGGCGGCGCCGCGAACGUCCGAGACGACGAGUCGUACGCCGACAUCUACUGCGAGCUGACCGACCUGCGAUCGACCGCCGACGACGUCCGUCCGCCGCAACAACCGCCUCCGGUGCCCGACAAACCGACUCCCGUUUGAAGGCGGCACUGCUAUGCCGACAAUCGCGCUUUACAGAUCGACGUGGCGGCCUUCAACUAUAUUCCUUAUCGAUCGAUUUCGCCGGCGCUAUUCUCAGAGUUUUUGUACGAGCGAUUUACAUACGAUAACAUAACUUUCCAUCG